UGGCGCGAGCGCUUGAAAAUCAGCUGUCAAAAUAUGGCGGAGGGUGUUUUGCAAUAGGGGUUGAAUUUUGUUUUUUCAUCUCUCGAGGGUUUCUUUAUUUUCUCCAUGGAAAGGCGCUGAAAUGCCGCCGACGUCGACAACGCUGCAGCCUCCCGUCCCGAACACGACCGCCUCCGAUGAAAUGAGCAAAGUGCCCAUGAACGCAGGCUCCAGCGUUGGAGUCAGCGCGUACCUGAUUGCCCCAUUUUUCAUGGUCCUGGCAGUGAUUUUCGCCUCGAUCUUGGUAUUUCUGAUAAUUCGUAAAAGACGUCUUGAUGAGCUUCGCCACACACUGAUGCCAAUGUACAACUUCGACCCAGCUGACGAAGGAGACCAAGACUGGGAACAGGAGUUGCUCGAGUCUGUCCAGGAGCGAAUGCCAUAUCAGCACCAACUCAACAUUAAGCAGUGAUAAUGAGUUGGGCCGAUGGAGCCACUCAAGUGCACCAGCCCAGCAAAAGCAACCAGCCAUCCGCAGCCCCGCGAACCAACUGCCCGAAAACACCAACCGAAACCACUGAAAUCAUCCCCACAAGGAUCAACACCCGCACCCAUCUCAAGGAGCUGCGGCUGGCCAUGCGCAACGUGGAGCACGUCCGAGUCGCACCUUUGGACGCGUACAUCGUUACAACCGAGGAUGAGCACCAGACAGGCUCUCCGCUGAACCACGACCGCCGUCUGCAGUUUAUCUCGGGUUUCAGCGGUUCCGCGGGUGAAGCAAUAAUCACAAAGAACAACUCGGCGGUGUGGAUAGACCCUAGGUACUACGUCCAGGCUGACUCGGAGCUCGCUUGCCACUGGCAGAUCAUGCGCAAUGGAAUUCGAAAUACGCCUACGGCCGCCGAGUGGGUUUUGCAAAAUGUCAGAAGAGCUAGAAUUCGAAUUGGUGCUGACCCGAAACUGAUUCCUCACCACACCUGGAUCAGCUGGGAAAAGGAGUUUGAGAAGUACAAUAUCACCCUGAUUCCUGUGCUGAAAAAUCUGAUUGACUUGAUCUGGGGAAGUGACAGGCCUGAGCCACCAAAACUGACGAUGUACGUUCAUUCCAUGGAGUAUACUGGAGAGACCUGGCAGAGUAAAGUAAAGAGAGUGCGUGGCGCCGUGAACGCCAUGGGUGCCGACGCGCUCGUAAUUACAGCGCUGGACGAAAUUGCCUGGCUCCUGAACAUCAGGGGGCGCGAUGCAAUGUAUCUGCCAGUUUCGAAAGCAUACGCUAUCCUCGUUCCACAAAAGAUUUUCUUGUAUGUGCCCGGAGCCACGGUGCCAGAGUCGGUUUCCAACCACUUGAGGACAUUUAAUUGCAUCAAUGAUCCAUAUUGCGUCAGAGUUUUAGAGUAUGACCAGUUUUGGAGAGACCUGCCAACCUUCUUGCAGUCGUGGAACAAAGUCCUGCUCCCCUCCAUGUUCAACUACAAUCCUGGCUGCAGUCACCGAGUCGUCAGCUUGGUUCCGGAAGAAAAGAGGCUGCUUCUGCCAUCGCCCAUUAUGAUGCUGAAAGCUGUAAAAAAUUCAGUCGAAAUCGAGGGGAUGAGGAGAGCGCACGUCAGAGACGCAGCUGCUGUGUGCGAAUUUAUGGCCUAUUUGGAAGACAAGCUCGGCGAUGGUGAAAAGUGGACUGAGUUUCAAGUGGCCAGCACUCUGGAUAAAUUUCGCUACGAGCAGCUCUUGAGUCAGGGAGCCAGUUUUAAGAGCAUUGUUGGUUUUGGACCGAAUGGCGCAAGUCCACACUAUCGACCCCAUUUAAACACUUCCCUGGUAGUGGCUCGAAACUCGACUCUCGUCAUCGACUCUGGAGGGCAGUACUUGGAUGGUACAACUGACGUCACUCGAACAUUCCAUUUUGGCACUCCAACCCCAAAAGAAAAAGAAGCGUACACAAGGGUAUUAGGAGGAGUGCUUGCCUUGUCCAAGCUAAGCUUUCCAUACACUGUCGACACCUCUGACGUGGACGUGCUGGCUCGAUCUCACCUGUGGGCUGCCGGGAUGGAUUACAAGCACGGCACUGGACACGGCAUUGGCUCAUUCUUAGGCGUACAUGAACCACCCAUCAGCAUCCACUUCAACAGUCGACAGAAGAAAUCAUUUGAAGUAGGCCAUUUCCUUACAAUAGAGCCUGGGUUUUAUCAAGACGGAGAUUUUGGUGUGCGCAUUGAGAAUGUUGUAGAAGUUGUUCUAGUCAAACCAAAGUUCAACGUCUCUGGGCCAUAUUAUGGUUUUAAGACAACGACUCUAGUUCCUUAUGAGCCCAAGCUGAUCAACCCAGAUUUUCUGAACCCUGAUUUGAGGAAAAUGAUAAACCAAUAUAACGCAAAGGUAAGACAAGUAGUUGGAGCUGAGCUGAAAAAGAAGCCAGAUUUGAAAGGUUUCAAAUGGAUGAUGAAGAAAACAGGCUAUAUCCCUGAAUGGCUUCCACCGAAAAACUCAGCCUCUAUACACGAGUCUUGGUUUUUCGGCAUUUUAGCAGUCAUUUCUAGCAUUCUGGUCACAUGUUAACCAUCGAAAACCAGCAUUUUAAACUGGAGAGACUUACAAAAAUUGUUCUGUGAUUGAUCAUUAAAUUGUGGCGGAUAAAUUAUGUGUGUCGAUUGAAGAGUGCUACAUGCUUCAUUGUCAUUCACGUUGGUUAAAGUGCGCGUUUGAUGAGAAUUUCUGAAAAUACUGUGUCUUUACACACUCUUAACUUGAAAGUGAGAAUUAAUGAGCUAUACUUUGUUGUUUUCAACUCUCCCAUAAAGAAUGGCUUCAAAAGGUGAAAGGUGCAGGAGAAAAAUUAUAUAUUCAAGCAUUAUUGUGAAGCGAUUUCCAUUCCAUGAAUAUUGUAACGUAAGUCUCAAAAACCUUUUUCAGAUAAUAUUAGACACGUCAGUCUCAUCAUAUAGUAUGUAGAAAUUUUCAAAGCUUCCUGUGGAAAAAUUUAUAAACGCGAUAAACGCACUACCGAAUCACUUAAUGGAACUUUCUCAUGAUACAGUCAUCCCGUGAAAACACUCUUAACACUCCCUGUAAAUAAAACUGAACUAUUGAAAACCGGAAAA